ACUGCUCUCUGAAACCAUGUCCUCCCUUCUCUCUCCCCCAUUGUUCAGCCUACAAAAGGAGAGUCCGCCUCCCUUUGUUUGCAGUAGUAACGGUUUCAUGGACUUCACAUCUGAGCUUCAAGAGGCUUUCUCCCUCUUUGACAAAGAUGGAGAUGGAUGCAUCACACUUGAAGAACUCGCCAGUGUCAUCCGUCCAUUAGGCCACAACCCAACAGAACAAGAGCUGCAGGAUAUGAUCAGGGAGGUUGAUGUCAAUGGCAACGGGACUAUUGAGUUCAAUGAGUUCUUCAACAUAAUGGCUUGGAAAAUGAAGGAGGCUGAUGCUGAAGAAGAAAUGAGAGAAGCCUUUAAGGUUUUUGACAAAGACCAGAAUGGAUAUAUCUCAGAUUCUGAGCUGAUGAGUGUAAUGAUUAAUCUUGGAGAGGAAGUAACAUAUGAUGAGGUUAAGGAGAUGAUUAGAGAGGCUGACAUCAAUGGUGAUGGCCAAGUAGACUUUUAUGAGUUCUCCAAGAUGAUGAUGGCUGUCCAAACUAAGUUCUGAAGACACACCGAAGAAUGUUGGAUUUCCACUUUUAUUUCUUCUAAAUUGCAGAUGAAAUGAUAUAAGUACAUGUUUCAUAUUUUUCAUUUAUGGUUGUUGUUUAUAAUAUUUUAUGGAGAUUCAGUAUUGGUGUC